GUCGUUCUUUCUAUAUAUAAUGUGGAAGUACUUCCGUCAGUAUGGAGUUGAAAUGCAUUUGAUAUAUAUGUAUAUAAAACAAUUGGAUUGGACACAUUAAGAUGGAGUCAUCUAAAUUAACCGAGAACAAAGCUACUUUUAUCGUACUGGUUUUGCUGAAUACACAUCUCAUCAAUGGUGCCGUAGUGUAUUCAACAAGUGGUGAAUCAUACCAUGGUGAUACAUUAACACUCACAUUUAUUAUAACACCACCGUUUACGGGUUCUGCCGUAAUAUCAAAAGACGGAACAAGUCGAUCAACAUGUUUACCUAGUGUUUGUUCUCCUGCAUCAGAUAACAAUGUUACGUUUAGUCCAAGUAUAACGGGAAUAACUGUUGAAUUUUAUCCAGUAUCCAGUAAUCAUGCGGGAAAUUGGAAAUGCGAUAAUUCAAAUGGAGAUUCGUCUAAUUACACAUUUUCUCCAGAAAAACGUAGACUUACUAUUAAAUCGUCAGGAGAUGAUGAUUUGAAUUCUGAUUCAUACGGUAUAAAAUGUAAAAUUCCUGGAUUUAAUAAGCCAUCGUGUUGGAGAAAACAAGGACGUCUGAUGUCAAACUGUUCAAAAACUUUUGGAUGUUCAGAGAUUACUUCUCAAUCAUAUAGUUUUAGUCAAGAUGACUCUUCGAUAAAUGUUGAUUUUAUACAAUUGGAAUCAAGUGAAGAUGAAAUGCAAUGGACUUGUGAACAUACAGGAGACACGCCUGAAAAUUUUGUUGUUGAAAUUGAUUUCAGAAUAGCUGUCAUUGGAAUACAAUGUGCAUGUUUGGUGGUAGUAUGCUUGCUAUGUUUGAUAUGCAUGUUCAUACACAUAAGAAAACAGUUCAAGAAAGGAUUGACAAAAGACCUUGACGACAAUCCACCCUAUACCUCUCAUAAAACAUGUGGAAUGCUUUUUGGAGACAGAUUAAGUGUUUGCGGUGUGUCAUUCAAGGUUAUACAAUUACUCUUUGUUGCCGCUUUUUAUCAAGUAGUUGUCUUCAUGACAACAAUGAUUGUCUUGGUAGUUCUGCACAAUAGAUUUUGGGACUAUGACGUAGACGCGAUACUAGCUACAGUGGCUUGUGUAUUUACAGCUUUAUGUCAUGUUUUAUGUUUCCUUGUAUAUGUUUUUAUCGUGAUAUAUUAUCGCAAAACCUCGGGCGUAUGUGCUGACAAUGAUGACAAGAAGUUAUCACCAUGGUGUUUCACUGGGCUUUUUCUCAUCGUGAUAUUUCCAGUAGCUUGGUUUUUAUUGAUUGUAAUUGUAAUCGUCAACUUUUGCAGAAAAUUAUGCGGCGAUGAGAAGAGAACAGACAAGUGAGUUGUCAAUGGAUAUAUAGUGGACCAUAAUUACCAUUGUUGCAUUCCUAAUAAUACACAAAGCACAAUUGUUUCAUUCUUUUUUUUAAAUGGUUAUCAUUUACCUGUGUAUAAUAUGACGCAGCUUUCUUCAAAAGUGAUGAUUUUCUAUAAAUUGUUUGAAAUUUCACAGUGAUAUCAUACUUUAACUUUGUUUAAACCUGUUUAUUUACUUUUGACUUUAAUUAUUUAUCCCUUGUAAUUUUUUAUUAACUGUGUAUUUGCAUUCAGGUGUCACAGGUCAAAUUUAUUCGUUCAUUGUGUGUUAAUUUACGUUUUGUUUAUUGAGUUAAGCCUUCCAAUUGAUAUUUUAUAGUGUGUUUUUCUAUGUUGUGAUGUUAUACUAUUGGUUCAGAAAAGGCAGAAGGUUUGGUACUAUUAAAACGUUUAAUCCUGCUGCAAAUGUUUGCACCUGUCGUAAGUCAGGAAUCUGAUUACAGUAGUUGUCGUCUGUUUAUGUAGUUCAUACGUGUUUCUCUUUUCUCGUUUUUAUAUAGAUUAGACCGUUGGUUUUUCCGUUUAAAUGGUUUUACACUAGUAAUUUUUUGGGGCUCUUUAUAGCUUGCUGUUCGGUGUGAGCCAAUGCUCCGUGUUGAAGGCCGUACCUUGACCUAUAAUGGUUUACUUUUAUAAAUUGUACCUUGGAUGGAGAAUUGUAUCAUUGGCACUCAUACCACAUCUUCCUAUAUCUAUCAAUUUUAAAAAGAAUGCUAGGUUACAGUCAUAAGUAAUAACCAUGACAUUGUCGGUAAAAGGUCAGUGUGGAUUCAAUACAUUGUGUGUAUCACGAUAAGCAUAUUUCGUCAGUGUAUUGUCAGUUAAAGACGGAUUUAAAUUAAAUUGGUUAAAACAUAUGGUGUAACGGAUUGUUUCGUUAAUCUUUCUGUUUCUGUUAGUGUUUUUAUUGGCAUUUAACGCACGAGUUAGAAUGUAGAGUUAUCGAUGUGAAAAGGAGAAGAACGAUUUAUGCGUCAAUGACACAUAAAAAAUGGACAAACACACAUCAAAUAUAUCAAAAUAAAAUAAAACAAAACAAAACAAAACAUAAAUAGAUGACUUCUCGAGACCAACUAUACAGUUGUCGACAAUAAACAAAUUACACCUCCACACGGAAAGAUCUAACUUACCCAGGUUCAAAUUAAGUUUUUCAUUAAUCUUAAAUGGACUUCAACGCAAGAUAAGUCGUUUAAACGAUUAACGUCCAUGAUAUUGGUUUAGUUAAACCGAAUGAAAUACUCAAACAAAAACAUUUUUAGUAGUGUUAUUCAUUAUGUUAUUCUCAUAGUUUUUCUAUUGGGUUUUAGCUUCGGAAAUCCUUUGCAAACUUGUUUGCGUAAUCAUUGGCAUUAAUUUUGGAGUUUUUAAACAAAAUAAAUAAGAAAAUCAUAGUUGAAGACAGCGGGAUCUUGAACGACAACAAUUAACAUUUCUAAGCGAAUUUAUUGAAAUCUUUUCAUUUUUAUGUUUGUCAUUUUCUAAAUUUUGUAUGUAUUAUUCAUGCUUACUUACUUUUCAUAACAUCGAUAUAUUCCCUUGAUGGACUAACUAACAUAAGAAGAACUGAUAUUUUUCUUCCUUAUAUUUUCGAUAUUUUCAAACGAUAGGAAGAUCAAAUAGUUUAUCUAUGAGAUGUGCAAAAUAUGAAUUGUCUUUCGAAUUUUUAUAAAUGGUUUAAGAAACAAUUUCUGAGUACAUGUAACACACCGCUGUUCAUAAGCGGUGGUACAACAUGUACUUGCUUCCUUUGUAUAUUUUCUUUCAAUCUUAUUUAGAUUGAUUGUAAAGCUAUCACGAUUUUCGUCAAGUUUCUUAUCUGUUUUUAUUUCCACACAAUGUAUCAUAUGUGAAUGUAGCUGAAAACAUGAUAUGAGAUGAUCAGUAAAAAAGUUUUGAUUUUUUUUUUGCAUUUACAAUGUGCUUAUCAUACGUACAACUUGUUUUGGUUGUAUCGGAACAGGUUUAGAAAAUAAAGCAUUUUUGAAGCAUUAAAAGCAUGCAUGCAUUUGCAUACAUAUGAUUUAUAACAGAAAAAUAUUAAAAUUCAUACAAAUUUUGACUAAAUAUUUUAUUUUGCUUUGUAAAUGAUUUAAAAUUAGUUGUAAAUUUUUGUUCACCGAUUUGAUCAAAAUUCUCAUAUUGGAUUUAUAAUAUGUUAAAACUUAUAAAUAUAUAAAUAACAACCAACUUUUCAAGUCAGAUAUGCAAAAUGUCGUAACAAAUAUUAUAUAGUAUAAAUAAGAUAUUUAUUGUUGAAACAUGCUCCCUAUGUUUCCGGUCCAAAUAAUCAAUUUUCCGGUCAUUGUUUCAGCUUUGAUUCAUUGCCACAUUGGUCAAUAAAUCCUAAUUUUCUAUUUAAGCUAGAAUGAAGGGCCAUUUCAAGGUUUUAUCGGGCCUACUCCAUUCAUGAUAUAUUUGGUUGUUUGUUUUAUUGCCACAUUGGUCAAUAAAUCCUAAUUUUCUAUUUAAGCUAGAAUGAGGGGCCAUUUCAAGGUUUUAUCGGGCCUACUCCAUUCAUGAUAUAUUUGGUUGUUUGUUUUUAAAAAUGUCUUAAUAUUUACAUAUAUUUUACUGUUUUGCUUUGAGUGAUUUUGUACUAUUUCCAUGACAUUGUCAUAUCUGUUUUGUUACCGCAUUUUUUUCUUUGUAUUUAAUCUUCAUUUUUUUUAUAAACUCAUGUUAAUCUUCUAAUGUAUUGUUUUUCAUUAUUGUAUGUUUUGUUUUAAUAAAAAAUUAAAUAAAUUUGUAUCACA